AUGGCUUCAUUACAUUCAAAUGUAAGACAGGAAUUUGCUGAUUCGAAUGUUGCUUUACAACCAUCUAGUGGCAGAAGUUGUGAUAAAAUACGUCAAGAAUUAAAAAGAUGUAUUAAAGAAUCUUCAUGUGUUCAAGUUGAGGGAAGGAAGGCAAAAGAUUGCCUUAAUUCUAGAGAUGGUGGUGUUCCAGAUAGAUGUUAUGUUUUACUUAGCUCAUUUACUGAUUGUAAAAAAUCAUUGGUUGACAUGAGAUCAAGAUUUCGUGGCCGUAAAGGAGACAUGUAG